ACACCCCAGAUCCCCUUCAAUCCUUGUUCAAGUUGCGAAUCGAUCAUUUCCCCGGCCCGGAAGAGGGCUUCGCAUUCGCCGACCCCGAGUCGAUAUCUGUUGCAGAGCUCGAUACCCUUGGCCAAGCGGAAUGGUUGCGCCCGCCUGCAGUCGUGCAGGGACAUGCGGUUAGGCCUAGACGAGAUAUGGUCGAUCCAGGAGGGAUCCCUGGUUCUGUGCGUCAACCCAUCCUUUACCAUAUCCGACCACGUGCAGCCGAGAUGGGAUGAGCUUGAGCUCGUGGCCGGAGAAAUCCUGGUCGUCUGCCGCCUGUAUGCCGAUUUGUGGGCUCUUUGUGCCAGUGCUUCGUUUCCUUCCGCCGCAAAAUCCAACGAGACGGCCAAUGCCCAGCCAAUGAGCCUUGCAUUCGUGCCUCUCUGCGCAGUGACACUUGCAGCGAACUUCAGUGCUUUCAAUCGAAGAUGCAUCGAACAUGAUCUUCGCGACCCCAGUGCUCCGAGAUUUCCAGGAAACGGACUCCCUGUGAUGCCGCCUCCUCGUUCGUGCAGCCUCAUUGAUGGUAUGCAGCUGGCUCAGUCUGACAGACUGCAUAACCGACUUCCAGAGGUAGUAUCCGAUACGCUCAACAAGGUGUUGCCGGAGUCCGUCGAAGCUGAUUAUGUGCCCCUUGACCUUCAUGUCGGAGCCCUCCUGUCCAAUCUGAAAGUUAGACGCAAUCGCCAGUCACAAUGUCUAGGUAUACCCGCAGCGGUUGAUCCGCAACCGCAACCCACUGAGCCAGAUCCAAAACCUGCCUCCUCUGCAAGCCAUAGAUUCAGAAAACUGCUUGGACUUGCGUGAUCCAAGGUCAUUCGCACUGGUGGUACUAUUUGUGAAUGCGAUAGACAGUCUCCAUUAGAGAAAGACCCGAGAGAGCUGGUCAUGAAAGGUUAUGAACACAGCUUCAUCCAUGCUAGAUGUCGUGUUUGCUCCAAAUCAUUCGACGCCUUGAAAUGGGGUUGCUCGCACUGGACUGAAGCACAGUAGUUGACUGGCAGCAACUCAGCCACGAGGACAGGUCGAGCCAGCACUUGGAAGUGUCAGAUCUCAUAUUGUAACUACGUUCACAUGGCAGACAAGAAUGAAUUAUUAGAGGUUGACCAGGUAGUUCCCCCAAGAGAUUCCCAUUAAUUGAAAGGCCGGAUAAGAUGAAAGCUCACUGAGACUGU